AUUUGGAUACGCGUCUGUGUCCAUUUAUUGCUGUGCAUCACACUUGGAGUCCAGUCAAGUGAAUUUGGAAGCACUGUAACAGAUGACAUCACAAGCAUUUCACUAUUGGUAAGUACUUCUUUCUUCAAGCCACCAAAACUUCAAAUCAAAGUUCUUUGGCAAAUGCUCUUACUGUAUUUAACUGUCUCGAUCCAGUUACUACCAGUAUGGUUUCAUUCUUAUCCAGUUCUUAGAUAGGUGGAUUGCACGAUCCAAUCCAAUUGAUUGUAAUCCUCUCAAAAUCAACCAUUAUGCUUAUGCGUAACAUUGUUGCAAUGCCAGUUGUAAACAAUUACAUUUGUAGACUUGAAAGUAUACUUUGAUACAUUCAUCCAUCUAGAAUCAGUCAUUGUUUUCUAAAACCACUGAUGGGGAUUGUCAUGAGAGUCUCACACAGUAGGACAUCCUGCAUUACCAUUAGUGUAAACCAGUAGCUUCAUCUCUGAGAUUUGUUCUGGUAACAAACUCAAAUGUUCCCCAAACAUUUCUGCUAACAUUUCUUGAUAUUGUCUGUUUUUGAACAGAAACAAAAUAUACCUAAAGAUUACAAGAUUCCUGUGACAUACGUUCCGAAAGAAGUGGUAAGAUGUUAUUUCUUCUUCUCAUGAUUACACUAUUAUUAUAACUUAAUAUGUUUGUAUUCCUUACAAAAUAUAAUUGAAUGUCUGCGUUGCCUGACUUUGGUAGAGGGUGGACUAUAAUUUGUCUGUUGUGGUACAUUUCAAAACAGUAUGUAUCACAACUGUCCAGUACACAUGAUUCUGAUUUCUUGAUUUAUUUUCUUUUUCAGGGUGGAAUGUGUUGGGUAACGCUAAACGUUUUCCACUUGGAACUCAGUUUACGAGGAUUAGCAGACAAGUUUGGAAGCAUUUCAUCCAACAAAUAUAAUAUCAGCAUAUUGAUCGAAAUGCUGAAAGAGACACGAUAUCACAUGAAGAACUUGGUACGUUUGCACCUUUGGUUCUAAUACUAAUAUUGUAACUGUGAUAGCUCUUAUGACAGGUUUCUUUUAAUGAGGACACAUGUAAAAAAAUGCUAAAAUGCACCUUUGAAGUGCAUUACUGUACAUAUUUAUCAUACCAAUAUGUAAUUACCAAUUACAAUUAUCGCAAUAAGAAUACCACCCACAGUGCAACAUGGCAGUUAAAGGCUUCAACUGCUUCAAAACAUUGAAGGCUGAAUUGGCAAAGGUCUUGUUGGAUAGAUGCUUUGAUUGGGAGUACUACCUAGCUGCCUCGGGUAGAGGUGGUCAAUAAAACAUCCAUUCAUGCAAUCCUUUCUGGCCCAAUCACAUGAAAUAGAAUAAUACAAUAAAUUAAUAAACAGGGUACACAAGUCCUUAGCACAAAUAGACCAGUGACCACAUCAUUUCACAUCUGAGUUGUCUGCAAUGAUGUCUUGUGAGGACUGGAUCAUCUAUCAGGUAGAUCAGGUAUUCACAAAGGGACCUGGGGUCUCUCGUAGUCUCAUGAGAGUGAAGAAGUACGUUCAUAAUGCAGAUCUAAUAACUUCUUAAAGCAUAUUACUUAUAUUAUUCUGGCUAACUUUUCUGAAUCCAACAGGGAUAAUGAAGUCCCCCUUGUCCUGAAUAAAGAGACAAGACUGAAGUUACUCCAUAUAACAUCUUACAUCUGGGCUCAAACAUAUCUGUCCAUCUGUGUUCUUUGAACUAUUUGCUGCAUGGCUAAAGCCAUGGAGGGAUAAAAGCUAAAGCUAACAUUAAAUGGUCUAUCAACAGCUAAAAACCACUAUCAUUUCUGUUUUGAAUUUCACAUAAUUGAGAUUAUUAUUCCCCUUUUGUCUCCACAGGAGGCGAUCACGUACGAUUUUGAGUGCCACUACAGAGAUGAGCAAUGGCAGACAGGACACUAUUUUCAUUUUGUCGAAGAUUUUUUAAAAACGGCCCGUUCGAAUAGAGAUUUGCCAGAAGAAUGCGAUCCACCUCCCUGUCCAAUAACAACAACGGCAGCAACAAUAACAACACAAUACCCCACAUCAGGUAAAUGUUGAGGUGUUUUUUUAAAGAGUUGUAAAUGUUAUCUAACAUCAUUGCUGCAUUCGCUCAUAUUCAGAUAGUGGUCAAUUCUGAUGUGCCAUAGGAGUCGGCGCUCAGUUUCAACCUUGUUAACUAGUGUGGAAUAUCCUGUGGUGCUCAUCAUAAAAACUAUUAUCUGUCUCCUUUGGUGGAUGGGCACCGGUACCUCUCCAUUAAACUAUUCCUCUUGUGAACAGUCUUUUUUUUUAUAGGUCAGAUCUCGUGUCGGUUUCGGUUGCAUGUCUUUUUUAUCCGUGUCCUACACAGAAUCUUCGUUCUAUUUUUUUGUUCAAAGAACUUCACAUGACAAAACAUGAAAUGUACAAGGUGUUUGGAAGGUCCAUUGGGACAUUAGUGCUGCAGCUGAGUCACAGAACCAAAGAAAGAUGUCCCCUGAUGGACCCCAUGAAAGGAAGAAAAGGACUGAAGCCCCAAUUGUGGAAGUGUUGAUUACAGAGCAAUCUUCAGAUCUUCCCAAGCGCUUGGCCUUUCUUUCCUGGAGCGGACAGAUCUGAUCUUUUGUCCGAUGGAAAGAAAAGGUGGCUGUGAUGUGACUUUAUAGGCGUCAACAAUGAACUGUUUUCAUCAUUGGGCAUUAACACUCUCUCUCUCUCUAUCUCUAUCUCUAUCACUAUCUAUAUCUUUCUCUCUCUAUCCAGUCAACGCUCCUGCCAUAGGAACAGAAUUUGACAUCACAGCACCAGGCUCCGAAACCUGUAAGUAAAAAGAAAUAAACUGUGGCACAGAUUAAGUUGCUGAAAGUGUCCAAAGAGUAGCAAUGUAAUGCAACCAGUCAAACUGGUGUAGGCCUACUAGCUACAUGGCUACUCUUCUUGACUAAUAGUAUUUUCAAAAAGUAAACUAAAAUCUUAAAUGUAUAUAUUUUUUUGUUCAUCAUACUACCGUCAUCAACAUUUCAUGAAUGUGUAAUUCAAUGAUUUCAUUGAAUUACACAUAAUUUAAAAGCCCCUUUCAUAGAGAAUGUAACAAACUGGACUAUAUGUAGUAACUUACUUUGAAGAGAUGGUGAUUGGGUCUAAAUAGAUGUUUGGCAUUUGGUAGUCUAAAUUCAGUGUACUUGUCUUUAACUGCCAAAUCCCGGAAAGUCAGACUCUUCCCACAAGCCAACCAAUUUUCCUCAGCUUCAGAAGCAUCUACAUUCACCAGAUUUUGUGUGGUUAUCCAUAGCUAUAUUAUUGGGAAUUGUUGAUAUGUUGUACAUUUUAUAUUCUAUAUAACAUUUUCUUUAGAAAAAUGGUCCAAAAUAUCUUUAGUAUUUUACAGAUAGAAAGAUGAAAACAAGUAUUUAUCCACAAUCUACUCUGAGCAAGUCCAGUCCUGGAGUGUCUUAACUAAAUGAAACCAACAUAUUUAGGCUGACUUAAUCCAGUGUCCCGAAAAAUUGAUUAGCGUAAUAUGCAAAUAUGCACAUAUUUAAUAUUUCAUUUGUAUAUUUGUAUACAAUAUUUCUACCGUACGUUAUUUUUUGUGUUAUAUUGAUUACUGCAUUGUUGGGUUUGGAACUUACAAGAAUGGCAUUUCACUGUACUUGUGCACAUGACAUUAACACUUUUAACUUAUUUAAGAAAAUGUGUAAUGCAAAAAAGUAUUAUAUUUGUAUCUACUUUUAACUGGCAAAAGUUGACUCAUGUCUGUUCUACCAGAGCUGUUAUGUGUCUCCUCCCUCACUGACCACCACGAACAUAGCGUGAGCCAUGAGGUGUGAUGGAUCUACUGUAUCCAAUCAUUUUCCAUGCAUCAAUCAUGGCUAUGAGACAUGCGAUGGAUAGGAGACAUGUUUUGAUAUUGAGAUAACAACGGCUGCAUUGAACCUUUAAUUUGCUGUGAAACAUCAAUUUACAGCAAAAUAAAGGUUCAAUGCAGCUGUUUUUAUCUCAAUAUCAAAUCAUUUCUGAAUGACAAUGAAGUACCAUACUCUGAUUGUUUUCAAUUAAAAUGGUCAAAAAUAAACAAAAAUAGCUUGUUAGCAAAGAGCAAUUUCUCAAACAAGGAUUUUGCUAACAAAUUUACCCCCUGGUGAUGUCACCAGCCAGGCCAAAACUCCAUCCCACCAGAACAGGCUGAAAUUUCAGGCGGUCUUUUCAAGCAGCUCUUAUACUAACAGGGCAUUAUCAUCAUUUUCACAAUUUCACGGUUUCAUUCCAACCUCAUAGUGUGGAAAUAUAUAUACAGUUGAAGUCGGAAGUUUACGUACACUUAGGUUGGAGUCAUUAAAACUCGUUUUUUCAAUCACUCCACACAUUUCUUGUUAACAAACUAUAGUUUUGGCAAGUCGGUUAGGAAAUCUACUUUGUGCAUGACACAAGUAAUUUUUCCAACAAUUGUUUACAGACAGAUUAUUUCACUUAUAAUUCACUGUAUCACAAUUCCAGUGGGUCAGAAGUUUACAUACACUAUGUUGACUGUGCCUUUAAACAGCUUGGAAAAUUCCAGAAAAUGAUGUCAUGUCUUUAGAAGCUUCUGAUAGGCUAAUUGACAUCAUUGGAGUCAAUUGGAGGCCUACCUUCAAACCCAGUGCCUCUUUGCUUGACAUCACGCUGGAGGAAACAGGUACAAAAGUAUCAAUAUCCACAGUAAAACGAGUCCUAUAUCAACAUAAUCUGAAAGGCCGCUCAGCAAGGAAGAAGCCACUGCUCCAAAACCGCCAUAAAAAGACAGACUACGGUUUGCAACUGCACAUGGGGACAAAGAUCGUACUUUCUGGAGAAAUGUCCUCUGGUCUGAUGAAACAAACAUAUAACUGUUUGGCCAUAAUGACCAUCGUUAUGUUUGGAGGAAAAAGGGAGUACCUUGAAAGCCGAAGAACACCAUCCCAACCAUGAAGCACAGGGGUGGCAGCAUCAUGCUGUGGGGGUUCUUUGCUGCAGGAGGGACUGGUGCACUUCACAAAAUAGAUGGCAUAAUGAGGAUGGAAAAUUAUGUGGAUAUAUUGAAGCAACAUCUCAAGACAUCAGUCAGGAAGUUAAAGCUUGGUCGCAAAUGGGUCUUCCAAAUGGACAAUGACCCCAAGCCUACUUCCAAAGUUGUGGCAAAAUGGCUUAACGACAACAAAGUCAAGGUAUUGGAGUGGCCAUCACAAAGCCCUGACCUCAAUCCUAUAGAACAUUUGUGGGCAGAACUGAAAAAGUGUGUGCACGCAAGGAGGCCUACAAACCUGACUCAGUUGCACCAGCUCUGUCAGGAGGAAUGGGCCAAAAUUCACCCAACUUAUUGUGGGAAGCUUGUGGAAGGCUACCCGAAACGUUUGACGCAAGUUAAACAAUUUAAAGGCAAUGCUACCAAAUACUGAGUGUAUGUAAACUUCUGACCCACUGGGAAUGUGCUGAAAUAAUAAUUAUCUCUACUAUUAUUCUGACAUUUCACAUUCUUAAAAUAAAGUGGUGAUCCUAACUGACCUAAGACAGGGAAUUUUUACUAGUACUAAAUGUCAGAAAUUGUGAAAAACUGAGUUUAAAUGUAUAUGGCUGUUUGUAAACUUCCGACUUCAACUGUAUAACACAGGAAAAUCAUGUUUUUUAUUUCCUUUAACAUGUGGGAAAAAAACAUCCCAGUCAGGCAAAUACAGUGGGGAAAAAAAGUAUUUAGUCAGCCACCAAUUGUGCAAGUUCUCCCACUUAAAAAGAUGAGAGAGGCCUGUAAUUUUCAUCAUAUGUACACGUCAACUAUGACAGACAAAAUGAGAAAAAUAUAUCCAGAAAAUCACAUUGUAGGAUUUUUUAUGAAUUUAUUUGCAAAUUAUGGUGGAAAAUAAGUAUUUGGUCAAUAACAAAAGUUUCUCAAUACUUUGUUAUAUACCCUUUGUUGGCAAUGACACAGGUCAAACGUUUUCUGUAAGUCUUCACAAGGUUUUCACACACUGUUGCUGGUAUUUUGGCCCAUUCCUCCAUGCAGAUCUCCUCUAGAGCAGUGAUGUUUUGGGGCUGUCGCUGGGCAACACGGACUUUCAACUCCCUCCAAAGAUUUUCUAUGGGGUUGAGAUCUGGAGACUGGCUAGGCCACUCCAGGACCUUGAAAUGCUUCUUACGAAGCCACUCCUUCCUUGCCCGGGCGGCGUGUUUGGGAUCAUUGUGAUGCUGAAAGACCCAGCCACGUUUCAUCUUCAAUGCCCUUGCUGAUGGAAGGAGGUUUUCACUCAAAAUCUCACGAUACAUGGCCCCAUUCAUUCUUUCCUUUACACGGAUCAGUCGUCCUGGUCCCUUUGCAGAAAAACAGCCCCAAAGCAUGAUGUUUCCACCCCCAUGCUUCACAGUAGGUAUGGUGUUCUUUGGAUGCAACUCAGCAUUCUUUGUCCUCCAAACACGACGAGUUGAGUUUUUACCAAAAAGUUAUAUUUUGGUUUCAUCUGACCAUAUGACAUUCUCCCAAUCCUCUUCUGGAUCAUCCAAAUGCACUCUAGCAAACUUUAGACGUGCCUGGACAUGCACUGGCUUAAGCAGGGGGACACGUCUGGCACUGCAGGAUUUGAGUCCCUGGCGGCGUAGUGUGUUACUGAUGGUAGACUUUGUUACUUUGGUCCCAGCUCUCUGCAGGUCAUUCACUAGGUCCCCCCGUGUGGUUCUGGGAUUUUUGCUCACCGUUCUUGUGAUCAUUUUGACCCCACAGGGUGAGAUCUUGCGUGGAGCCCCAGAUCGAGGGAGAUUAUCAGUGGUCUUGUAUGUCUUCCAUUUCCUAAUAAUUGCUCCCACAGUUGAUUUCUUCAAACCAAGCUGCUUACCUAUUGCAGAUUCAGUCUUCCCAGCCUGGUGCAGGUCUACAAUUUUGUUUCUGGUGUCCUUUGACAGCUCUUUGGUCUUGGCCAUAGUGGAGUUUGGAGUGUGACUGUUUGAGGUUGUGGACAGUUGUCUUUUAUACUGAUAACAAGUUCAAACAGGUGCCAUUAAUACAGGUAACGAGUGGAGGACAGAGGAGCCUCUUAAAGAAGAAGUUACAGGUCUGUGAGAGCCAGAAAUCUUGCUUGUUUGUAGGUGACCAAAUACUUAUUUUUCACCAUAAUUUGCAAAUAAAUUCAUAAAAAAUCCUACAAUGUGAUUUUCUGGGGAAAAAAUGCUCAAUUUGUCUGUCAUAGUUGACGUGUACCUAUGAUGAAAAUUACAGGCCUCUCUCAUCUAUUUCAGUGGGAGAACUUGCACAAUUGGUGGCUGACUAAAUACUUUUUUCCCCCACUGUAUCUAUGUUUACUAUAUCUACUGUAUCUACGUUUAGUUCCAGGCAAAGUCCCAGACUGAGUCAGUAAGAAGUUGAGGAGGUUAUAUUACAAUUAUUUGCCAGCUUUCAAAUACAAAUUGUUGUUAUACAAACAAUUUGAAUUAUCUGAUUACAUAUGAUUUCUUUGUUUUCUCCAUUUCAGUAUUAUUCUUUCUGACUCGAAACCUGUCUGUCCACACAGGGAACGAGCCUCUGAGGUUCCUGCCAGAAAUAGUGGAGAGAAGCCUCCUGUCACUACUUGUCAUUCCUAUUGCAGCCGUCGUGUUACUGUUUGUGUGGAAGGUGAGCUGUCCAUUGACCCAAUCUACAACCUAAAAUGGUUCUAUCUACAACCUAAAAGGGUUCUUCAGUUGUCCCCAUAGGAGAAUCCUUUGAAGAACCCUUUUUGGUUCCAGGUAGAACCCUUUUGGUUCCAGGUAGAACCCUUUUGGGUUCAAUGUAGAACCCAAAAAGGGUUCUACUUGGAACCAAAAAGGGUUAUUCUAUGGGGACAGCGGAAUAACCCUUUUGCAACCCAUUUUUCUAAGAGUGUAAGGACCUGCAACUUAAAACGUGACUGUUGACGAUUGCUCAGUCAUUCCAGUGUUUGAGUCUGGUGCAACUCGGUCUAUAGAUUGUUGUUUUGUCUGUGGACAUUGUACUGUCUAUGUUCAUUGUUAAUCUCUUUGAUUGUAAGUCAUUGUAUUUUUUCUUGUCUUUGAUGGUUGUUUUGUCUUUGACCGUCUGGGUGUUUCUUUACCAGUACCACUUUGACUUUGCUGUUUUGUAUUUUUGUUAGAGAAUUUUACUUUGUUUGUGCUUGUGGGUUACCAUGGGUUCCCUUUGUGUUUAACAGUGUUACUCUCUGAUCUAACAGGUGAAAUCCAGGAGGAACCAACAUCAGUCAGAUGGACAGAACUCAGUGGAAGGAAGCCUUUUCACAGGAGCAGAAGGAACUUUGGCACCUCCACUAGAGGAACCAUCUGAAAAGUAA